ACAUUCGCCAACCAUCUCUUUUACCCGCAAUGUUGUUGAAAAACCACAUAAACAAUUUUUAGCGAAAAUAAACUGAUUUUAAUUACAAUCAGAAACCUCUUUUCUAGAUAGCGUACUGGUGUGAUAAGUUAGAAUACAUUGUUACAAUCGAUGCUUUGGUCAUGGGACGAAAAUAUUACUGUGAUUACUGCGACAAAAGAAUACAAAACGAUUACAGCAUUAUCAAACAACAUAAUGUAGGUCUCCCGCACCUUCGAGCCAAGGCAGAAUACUUUCAGCAAUUUAAAGAUAUAGAGCAGAUUCUUUCAGAGAUCAAACAUAAAGCACCAUGCCGUUCGUUGAAAGACGGCAGCGAAUGCACAUUUGGGGUACUUUGUAGAUUUCGUCAUUACACGCCGGAACAAAUUUGGGACAUGGAACUACUUGUUAAACGGAAACAGUUAGUUCGACAGAAACUAUCAGAACGGUUACGCAAAUAUAUGCGGAACGUAAAAGCACGAUCAGAACUAUUCAUUCAAAAACGGUUCGAUCGAACUGCAGCGGAAACAUUACCACCUUCCAUGUGUAGAUUGGAAAGCUCCAGUUUAACGUCCAGUUUUAAUCCUAUUUGUGGGCGUUAAAAAACAUCCCGCAAAAAACAGUGCGAUCAACUAAAAUAAAAGAAUAUUCUUUUCGUAAUCAAAUUUGACCGUCAA